AUGAACGCCGUCCGCAACCUCUUUCCCCAUCCCCACACUUUCUUUCCAAGUUAUUAUCGACAGAGCAGCAAUACUGGUAAACCGUACCAUCAUGUCCCAGGAUGGUAUUAUCGUCCAGAAUCUGCUACCUCGCCUAUCAAACUCUCGUCCGAGGAUAUCAAUAACUCUCCACGACGACGACAACGACAGCAGAGAAACAACUAUGAAUACAGCCCUAGCCUAUCAGUUAACAAAAGGGAGAAUACGAGAAGCAGAAGGAGAGAUGAAGCGGAUUUUUCAAGACCUGGAAGAACUGAAGAUUUUUCAAAAAGACUAGGUGAAGGAAAUGGGGUCUUCGCAGCCACAAAAAAUGGCAGGAAGGGUAUCGAGGAUAUGGAAAGAGAGAGAGGGGUAGAGUUGGAAAUUGAGAUUCAGAGGAGGAUUGAAAGGAUAAUGGAAAUGCGGGACGCGAUAGCUCGAGAGCAGGAUAGAAUCGAAGAUGAGUGGAUAUUUCUUGAGAGAGCGUGGGAAGUAUUGGGAGAGUGUAGGGGUAUGAAUCUGGAGAGAGAGAGAGAUUUUAGAGAAUGGGUUUUGGCGGAAAGAAAUUUGAAUGGAGGAAGUGAUCGACAAUACAGAGGGUGGAAUGAAGGGAGACGGGAGGAUGCGGAUGCUGGCAGUCCAGAUACGAGGGGGUUGUAUUAG